AUGCAGCUCACCAGCCUGGUCCUGACCCUGGCCGCGGCCAUCUCGACGGUCGCUGCCUACCCUAUCACGGGCAACGACGUCAACUGCCGCAGCGGCCCCGACACCAGCUACAAGUCGGUCAAGACGUACAAGAAGGGCGCCGACGUCAAGCUCACCUGCCAGACCUACGGCGAGAGCAUCAACGGCAACGCCAUCUGGGACAAGACCAGCGACGGCUGCUACGUGUCCGACUACUACGUCAAGACGGGCUCCAACAGCAUGGUCACCAAGGAAUGCCCGAUCGCGGGCGGCGGCGGCGGCUCGCAGUACAACGGCCCCAUCAACCGCACCGAGAUCAUCUCGCGCGGCCGGUACUGGGUCUCGCGAAAGGUGCCGUACUCGAUGAGCAAGACGUACCCGGACCAGCAGGGACGCAAGUACCGCACCGACUGCUCGGGCUUCUGGGCUGACCUCAAGCCCGGUGACUUCGUCGGCACCCUGGGCGAGGGCACCGCCGGUGCCGCCGGCCACGUCACGCUCUUCCUCUCGUGGGCAGACAGCGCCCACAAGGCCUACAACACGCUCGAGUGCCGCGGCACCUACGGCUGCGUCCAGUACAAGCGCAACGUCGGCUGGAAGAGCGGCGGCUUCACGGCCAAGCCGUACCGGUACACCCGGGUUAUCAACUAA